CUGCCUUGGACACGCACGGACUAACUAUUAAAUUUGGACUUGAUGCUCAUUCCCUUUUAAAUUGUUCAAGCGACGGACGCCUGAAUCUAUUUAGUGCGAAAUUUUAUUUAAACUAUACUGCAAAAGUUUCUUUUAUUCUAUACUUAUAUCUUUUUAAUAAAGUGGCAUCGUAAUUAAAUUGUAGAUAUGUCGCACCCCUCUAUCUAUUAGUCGUGUUAACAAAAUUCCUUUAAUUGAAGUUCGUGUUAAGUCGGUAUCGUGACCCAACCUUCUAACAAUUACUUUGAUACCGAUCUAUACUAUUUGUCGACGAGUCGUAAUGACUGUAUUUAUUUUGAAGACAUCGUCGUGGUGAAAAAGAGUGGAUGGUAAAAUGAAAUGACUUCUGUGUCCGACAGUCGCGUGUGUUUGUAAAAACCAUGAGUCCAGUAUUCACCAUCCAUAAAAUAGGUUUAAACAGUAUGGGUUCGGUGGCAAAUGAAGAUAAUACUAACAGCAACUGGAUGCAGAGACAAUUCUCCAGAGUAACUCGAAACCUUCGGUAUCGCAUUAGCGGAGAAGGUCACUCAAAAACACCUGAUUGGUUCCUAGAUAAGUUUGCAGCGCAGACAUUCACUGAUCCAGAAGAGCCCUUGUACCAAGCUAAGCGGUCCAAACUAUUAUGUGGAUUAAAACUUGCAUUCGACCCCACUCUCCCGGGGCAUUACCAUUGGCUGGCGGUGGUGUCACUGGCCAUUUUGUACAACAUGGUUUUUGUCAUUGGGCGGGCUGUCUUCUGGGAGUUGGAUAAACUAACAGUUGUGUGGUUUGUGCUGGACUACCUAUGUGAUGCCAUAUAUGUGUUUGAUACUAUCGUGCACAUCCAUGAAGGUUACCUUGAACAAGGCCUUAUGGUAAAGGAUCCAAAAAUGCUCAGAAAACACUAUUUAAAAUCAGUAUCAUGGCGAUACGACUUAAUAUCAUUAUUGCCUACUGACUUAGCCUACUACUGGUGGAUUCCUGGAACUUGUGAUGCUAACCGUUUGCCGUGCCCUGUUAUUGUACGACUCAAUCGACUAUUUCGCCUGCCUCGAAUGUGGGAGUGGUUUGAUCGCACUGAGACUGCCACUAGCUAUCCAAACGCGUUCAGGAUUUGUAAGGUUGUUAUGGCGAUUCUGGUCCUCAUUCAUUGGAAUGCAUGUUUGUACUUUGCUAUAAGCUAUGCUAUUGGAUUUGGGACAGACAAUUGGGUUUACAAUAUCACGGGAGCUCGCAAUGAGACAUUAGCACAUCAGUACAUUUACAGUUUCUAUUGGUCCACCCUGACCCUGACUACUAUCGGAGAAACCCCGCAGCCAGAAAUUGAUGCUGAAUAUUUAUUUGUUGUUGGGGACUUCUUAGCUGGUGUAUUGAUUUUUGCUACUAUUGUGGGAAAUAUUGGGUCAAUGAUUUCGAACAUGAAUGUUGCUAGGGUGGAGUUUCAAAAUAAAAUGGAUGGUGUAAAACAAUACAUGGCUUUUAGAAAAGUUAGCGGUGAACUUGAAGCCCGAGUGAUUCGUUGGUUUGCUUACACUUGGGCUCAAAGUGGAGCAUUAGAUGAAGAAAAUGUUUUAUCAUCUUUGCCAGAUAAGCUUAAAGCGGAAAUCGCAAUACGCGUUCACUUGGACACUUUGCGUAAAGUGAGAAUAUUUCAAGAUUGUGAACCUGGUUUGCUUGAAGCACUAGUGCUGAAACUUAAACUCCAAGUCUUUAGUCCUGGGGAUUAUAUUUGCCGCAAAGGAGAUGUUGGGAAAGAAAUGUAUAUUGUUAAACGUGGUAGACUUCAAGUAGUGGCUGACGAUGGAAAAACUGUGUUAGCUACUUUGAGCGCUGGCUCUGUCUUUGGAGAAGUGAGUGUUCUUGAAAUAGCAGGUAAUCGUACCGGUAAUAGGAGGACGGCUAAUGUGAGAGCCUUGGGCUAUUCAGACUUGUUUUGCUUGGCAAAAAGAGAUCUUUGGGAAGCACUUGCUGACUAUCCAGAUGCCAGAGCAACACUCACUGAACGUGGAUGUCAGUUAUUAAGGAAGGAUGGAUUGCUUGAUGAAGCCGUUUUCGAAAACGCACAAACAACACAACAGAGCAUGGAGGAAACUGUUCAAAAACUGGAAACUACCGUUGAUAUGUUGAAUAAUCGUUUGCAAGGACUACUCACUGACGUCGGAGAAGAACAGGCUAAAAUAAAACAAAGAAUUAGUAAGAUAGAGCUAAGGUUUAUGGAUACGGAAGACGAAGAUACUGAUUCUGACGACUUGACAUCGUUGGCAGCGUCCGAUUUGAGGAGUGAUAUUGGUGGUUACAGUGAGUUACCGAUGAUAUCGGCUUACAACACCUCCAUGAAUCUGCUGAAUCAUCCUAUACCAGUGCGAGAACGUGGCCACUCGCUAAGUGUUGAGAGGUCAUCUGGCUUGCUGAAUCGGGUUCCGGAGCCACGUAGCAAAUCUCUUCGUUUGAAACGAAUCCACAAAGACAGUUCUAAAUAAAACAAAUCUAUUUUUAAGUAUUUAUCGGUAGAGAAUGUUCAUGAGUUUCUAAGGAAUAGUUAUAACCAUAAUGAGGUGAAAUGUCCAAAAUUAUAAAAUGUGAUUAUUUUUGAUACCGCCAGUGGGGUUUAUAUUGUUAUACAUUUUGAUAGUGAAACCCAAAUCCAGAGGAUUAACCUAAAAUUGCAUUUCUUGUAACAUAUACAAUAAAUUUCAUUUAUAUUAUUAUCACUGUGUAAAAAAUGGUUACUGUGGAACAAUCUAGAAACGAGUGUCAAUGGAAAGUGGCUUUACAGAUAUCAAAUAUUAAUAUAUAAGCACGAACAUUUUUGUGUUCUAAGAUUAAUUUAAAUAUGAUAUGUUUUACUCGAUUUACAUUUAUGUAUUAUAUAUUUUUAACUCUACUCGUAAUUUAGAUUUUAGAAAAUAUCACAAUUUAUUCAUAAUAUCAAUUAAGAUUUCGAAUAUUUUAGUUUUAAGGGAUGCCAUAUGUAGGUUAGAUAGUUGCCUACUUAAAUAAUUUUAUGAGCUAAUUAGUACUUUGUGUCAACACGUUGUAUUGUUGGCAAAUAUUAAGUACACUUAUGUAACUAUCUAUUAACCGUUUAUUUUGUAUACGUUUUGUAACUGUACAUUUCGUGAUAAUAACAUGUCAUGGAAAUCUCGUCUCAAUUGUUUAUAAAAACGAAACAACAGUCAUAUAAGAUUUUAUUGCUUAAUAACAUAGUAGCUACCCGAUAUACCUAAUGAAGCUUUAUUUUUGAUCUAUAUGGACAAGUCACGCAUUUUAUCACAAAUUUGAUUAACCCAAUCGAGUGCCUCUCAACAGAUAUCAACGUUAUUAGUCUAUACAUAUUUGUGGAUUUGUCAUCGAUGUAUUUAUUUGGUAAAUAAUAAACUUAUAUUUUAAUCAAAUAAAUAUGUACGUUUAGCUCGCAAUCAUUUAUAUUGUCCAUUAGCUGCUAUUAAAUAAGAUACCUCUGAUGAUAUUAUAAGAACUAAUUUUUUAUAAAUUGCGUAACAGUAAUUACCAAAACUUUGUUGAUAUUUCAAGACUCGUAAGAAUUGUAGGGUUUUAAAAUUUAAAUAAUAAAAAUUGUUAAGAGUGUAACCAAUUUUUUUUAUAAAUACUAUGAACAA